CACACUGAUAGACACAUCUUUAUGUGUCUCUCUGUGUGUAUGUAUAUAUAAUAUAAAUAUAUAUAUAUGUAUUCAUCGUCUCUUUGAAGCUUCGUAAUGUCUCUCUCCAUGGCGCUGACCAUGUGAUGUACGUGAUGCGUCUGCUCUAUUCGCAUGUGAAAAAGCUGUUGGGUUCUUUCAAUUCCUCUCUUUAGAGAUCUAAUCUCAAGGCCCAGUGGGGAAAGAGAGGAAAAUUUUGAAAAUAUAAAUAAUCUUUACCUGUACUUUCAUCAAUAACACAUUUGGCAGAACUAAAAGAUAGGAGGAUCCUUUUGAUGAAAUUUCAAGGAGUCUAAGUUUUAGGGUUUCGCUCAUUCUGGGUUUGCUUGAACGUUAGGUGCCCUUCUAGAGGGUAAAAGCAUUGGGGUCUGGAGAAUAUAGGUUUUGGAGAUUGUGAUUGAUGGAUAAGGAUAAGUCUCAUCAUGGCAGUGGGAGUUUGCUACCUCCAUCGGGGAGGUACUCCGUUUUCUCGCCACCCAAUAGUAGCUAUGGAGUCAAGUCGGAGCAAUCAGGACCAUCGAAUUUGCCUCCUUUGGGGCCAGGCAGUUCAUCGGAGCAGGGUCAUUUUGGUCAUGGUUUGCAGUCCGACUCUAGCCGAUUUAGUCAUGAUAUAAGCCGGAUGCCCGACAAUCCGCCCAAGAAUUUGGGCCACCGACGUGCUCAUUCUGAGAUUCUUACCCUUCCAGAUGAUAUUAGUUUUGAUAGUGAUCUAGGUGUUGUGGGCGGAUUCGAUGGGCCAUCUUUUUCCGAUGAAACAGAGGAGGACUUGCUCUCGAUGUAUCUUGAUAUGGAUAAGUUCAAUUCAACUUCAGCAACUUCUUCAUUCCAAGUGGGUGAGUCGUCUGCUUCUUUAGCAGCGGAUCCAGGUUCUUCAUCUGCUCCUGGAUCAGCAUUACCCAACCAAUCAGCUGAUAAUGUAGCUCAAGCUGUAAGUGAGAAGCCAAGAAUUAGGCAUCAGCAUAGCCAGUCCAUGGAUGGGUCGACUACAAUCAAACCGGAGAUGCUCAUGUCAGGUGCAGAGGAACCAUCCCAAGCUGAUUCUAAGAAAGCCAUGUCUGCCGCUAAGCUUGCUGAACUUGCUCUAAUUGAUCCAAAGCGUGCCAAGAGGAUUUGGGCAAAUAGGCAGUCAGCGGCAAGGUCAAAGGAAAGGAAGAUGAGGUAUAUAGCUGAGCUGGAGAGGAAAGUCCAGACUUUGCAAACAGAAGCAACUUCCUUGUCUGCUCAGUUGACCUUACUGCAGAGGGAUACAAAUGGUCUUACAGCUGAAAAUAGUGAACUCAAACUACGGUUGCAAACGAUGGAACAACAAGUGCACUUGCAAGAUGCAUUGAAUGAUGCACUGAAAGAAGAAAUCCAGCAUCUUAAGGUGCUCACUGGUCAAACAAUUGCAAAUGGUGGAGCUAUGAUGAAUUUUCCCACAUCAUAUGGAUCCAGCCAACAAUAUUAUGCAAACAACCAUGCGGUACACACAUUAUUAACAGCUCAACAAUUGCAGCAGCUCCAGAUCCAUUCUCAGAAGCAGCAGCAGCAGCAGCAUCAGUUUCAACAGCAUCAGCUCCACCAGUUUCAGCAGCAACAGAUGCAGCACCAGCAGCCACAAUCCUCAAUGCAGCAGCAGGAACCCACUGGGGACAUGAAGCUUAAGAAUUCUAUGUCGCCUUCUGUUCAGAAAGAUCUCUCUUCUGAUGCAUCUUCUAAGGAUUAGGCGCAGAAACAGGCAUGUGUUUUGGAUGUUGAAGGUUGGUCGUAUAUGCCCCGAAUCUUAAACUUGGUAGGGUGGUGGUGUCGCAGCAUUCGGUAACUUUUGGUUAGUCCAUUUAGGUAAAAAACUAUAUAGUAUGGGAUUCACUAGGCAGUUCAUUGAAUUUUAGUUGUGGUUAAAUUGUUAAGGUUGAUUGUUCAGUUGCUCCCAUCUAGAAUGUCAGGUUCUUUUGUUGCACUACUGUGUUUAGUGGUAGAACUGUUCUGCUUCUCCUCUUCA